UGAAAAGUUUUUUCAAAAAAUGGAUUGUGUUUUGUCACCGUUCCAGGAUGAUCAGGAUGAAGUGAAUCAGAACUACUUAGCUGAUGAAGAGGAGGAAGCAGAAGAAGAGGCUCGGGUGGUGUUGACGCCUGAUUUGGAGGAAGAGGAAGAUGAGGAGGAGAAAGAAGAGCAGGAGGAAGAGAAGGGGGAGGAGGAAAAGAAGGAGGAAGAGGGUCAGGGUCGGCCAACAGGCAAUGCCUGGUGGCAGAAAUUGCAGCUCAUGAAUGAAUACCUGUGGGAUCCAGAGAGAAGGAUGUCUCUGGCCCAAACAGGUCAGAGUUGGAGCCUGAUUUUAGUCAUUUACUUCUUCUUCUAUGCCUCCCUGGCUGCUGUGGUCACCCUGUGUAUGUACAUGCUCUUUCUGACCAUCAAUCCUUACAUGCCGACGUUCACUGAGCGAGUGAAGCCUCCUGGAGUUAUGAUCAGACCCUUCGCUCACAGCCUUAACUUCAACUUCAACGUUUCUGAACCUGACACUUGGCAACAUUAUGUGAUUAGCCUAAAUGGCUUUCUCCAGGGCUAUAAUGACAGCCUUCAAGAGGAAAUGAAUGUAGAUUGCCCCCCAGGGCAGUACUUCAUUCAAGAUGGAAAUGAAGAUGAGGACAAGAAAGCCUGCCAAUUUAAGCGCUCCUUCCUGAAGAACUGCUCUGGUCUGGAGGACCCCACUUUUGGAUACUCUACUGGACAGCCUUGCAUCCUGCUGAAGAUGAACCGGAUUGUAGGCUUUUGUCCUGAGCUUGGAGAUCCUGUGAAGGUUUCCUGCAAAGUUCAGAGAGGUGAUGAAAACGACAUUCGAUCCAUCAGUUACUACCCAGAGUCAGCUUCUUUUGACCUCCGCUAUUACCCUUACUAUGGCAAACUGACUCACGUUAACUACACCUCCCCUCUGGUGGCAAUGCACUUUACAGAUGUGGUGAAGAACCAGGUGGUGCCUGUGCAAUGCCAGCUGAAGGGCAAAGGCAUCAUAAAUGAUGUCAUCAAUGAUCGUUUUAUUGGUAGGGUCAUCUUUACCUUGAACAUAGAAACCUAAGAAUUUCAGAGCGCCACUCCUACCACUUCUGUUUCUGUUUUAUUUCAUGUUAUUCUGGUAGCACCUGGGUUCCUUUACUUAACUUAGGAUACAUUCAGAUGAACGCCUCAGUCAGAAGAUCAUCUUUCCUUGCCUUUGACAUAUGUAUGAAGUGAUAUUGCGGGACCCGUCUGAUUUUUUUAAAGGUAGUCUCUCCUGAUGACAAAAAGAUUAUAUUAAUUUCCUUUCCCUUUACUUAAAACUAGACCCAUCCUUGCUUCUAGAAGGCUUACUAUAGUAUAAACAUAGUAUCUGGUAAAAUUCACAAUAGCCAUGGUCAGGAGAAUGUAUAUGAUGCUUAUAAAUUCAACAUGUUUUCUAAAAUUUAAAAAUUUUAAAAAUUUCUGGUUAGAGGUAAGAUUCCUUCCAACCAGGCUGAUAAUCUAAACUCCUCCUCUUAAAAAACUGCCUGGAAAGGUUGUCCCUUGGGAAUCUCCACUCACACCAACCCAGACUACAUCUAGGGUCACUCUUUCUAUAGUACUUUAUAUCCAGGGAGCUUGAAAAAUUGGCUGCCUCCCACAGGCAACUAAAUACCGAUUCAAAGACAAGGUAUUAUUCAACUGAGACAAAAAAACAGUGCUAACUGGUUAUUGUUCUGGGAUACAGAUGAAGACAUUCUGUAUGACUUUUUAUGAGAUGGGUCCCAGUGCAACUGUGGAGAAUACUUAGCAUAUGGGUGUGAUUGAUGGUUGAUUCCUUGCUCCAUGAUAUAAUGAUCCAAAGGCAAACAUACCUACAAAAAGGUUUGUCUCAGCUUCAGAAAGAAGAGAAAACAUGAAAGUUCUCCAUUGGCCAAUUCUUCUUGGGCUAUUUGCUUGACAGUAGUUGAUUUUCUUUGAGACCAUCAGGGAUGGUAUGUUGACCCCCAGCUAUAGCCUUGAGAUUCAGAAUAGGGUUUGCCAACGAAAACAUGGCACGACAGAAAGCUCCUGCUAGGCUACCCUGAAGCCAAGGCUCAUUGGCCAGUUUUGCAUUUACUUUAAAUAUGACAUGAGGCAGAUGUUUAUCCAGGUUGUGAAUCAGCCAAAUUGCUUUCUCUUAUCUCUGGCCAUGUGACCAUUCCAUUGCUUCUUAACACCUCCACCAGGUGGAGGGCUGGGACAAAGAGAGAAGGCAAGCAUCAGAGAAUAGCAGUGUCUCAGGGUCCAAAGCAAACUUAAAUGCCUCUUAGAAGCCAGAAUCUGAAUCUCUUCUAUAGUGCUUACUUUCUCUCCAAACAUGGAACUGUUAGGCUGGUAGUGAACAAGUGAUCAAGUGUCAUACUAUGAUAUAGUAUGACAAGAGCUAUAACUAGUAUGUAGAAAUGCUAUGGGGAACAUGAUGAGGGGAAAUAGCUAUCUCCAACUGAGAAAGUAGCAGAGGACAUUUCACAUGCAAAGCCACAAUUAUGAAAAGAUCAUCAUGUGUUUUGUUAACUGUGAGCAGUUCAUAUAACUGGAGUAUAAAGAACUCAGAGGAAUGAUAGAAAGUGUUGGGAGACUGGGCUAAACAGGUAUUUGAGGACUUUGAGUUUUAUUCAGUAGGUGAAGAGGAGUCUUUAAAGCAUUUUGGUAAUGGAAGCCCUUUGAUCACAUUUACAUUUUAGAAAAAGCACUUUGGCAAUCAUAAUUGUGAAGGGUGGGUUGAAGAGGGACAAGACUACGGAAUGGAAAGAGGGAGGAAUAAACAAUGACCCCAAGGUUUUGAGCUUCACUAAAACCAGUGAGAUGGUGACAUUGUUGAUCAAUAUUGGAUAUAAAAGAGAAGCAAAUAUGGAGAGUCGUGUGGUUUCUACUGGUCAGACACUGAUGUGGAGAAAUAAACAUGUAAAGUUGGAAAGAAGAAAAGCUGAGGGGAAAAAAAGCAACAUUUGGUUAAGUAAAUUCACAUAAGACAUUCUAAG